UUUUGAGAGAGAGAGAGAGAGAGAUCUAACAAGAAUGGGGUGAGAGGAAAGGCAGAGCAGCUGGAGGUUUCUGGCAGCUGCAAAAUCAAAUCUCGUCCAAGUUCUGAUUUGUUCUGGUACAAGGAGUUAGAACCCGAAAAUCCAAUUCCUGUAUUAGAUUGAAUUGAGUUCUAUUCCUUCCCCCCCGGGGCCGAAAUAAACUCGUCUAUAUCUGCUUUGAAUCGACGCCGGCUGUUUAUUCCUCCAUAAAUCGAGCAUUUGCAAGGCUUCAGAAGUUUAAGUCAUGGCAACCCUCUCACACGCAGAAUCUAGGCGAAUGUACUCUUGGUGGUGGGAUAGCCACAUAAGCCCCAAAAAUUCAAAAUGGCUUCAGGAAAAUCUUACAGAUAUGGAUGCCAAAGUCAAAGCAAUGAUCAAACUUAUUGAAGAGGAUGCUGAUUCCUUUGCAAGGAGGGCAGAGAUGUACUAUAAGAAACGUCCGGAGCUUAUGAAAUUGGUUGAAGAAUUCUAUCGAGCAUAUCGUGCAUUGGCUGAAAGGUAUGAUCAUGCAACCGGUGUGCUUAGGCAGGCCCACCAGACUAUGUCACAAGCUUUUCCCAAUCAAGUCCCCUUCGCCCUGACUGAUGAAUCACCAGCAAGUUCUGCUUCUGAAAUGGAUCCCCGUACACCUGAGGUAUCAGUUCCUAGUCGGGCGUUCUUUGACUCUGACGAUCUAGAAAGUGAUUCUUCAGGUCCUACUCCAACUCAUUCUCAUGCUGUAAAGAGGAAUGGGGCUUAUACUGAAGAGUUAGAUCAUGUAACAAAUAAAAAGGGUUUGAAACAAUUCAACGAUUUGUUUGGUUCUGGAGAGAGCGCAAAACUGACAGAAGUUAGGGUGAGAAAAGGCCUAAAUUUUCAUGAUGCAGCAGAAAAAGGGCAAACCAAGGAGAAUCAUAUUAUUACCCGGGAUCAUGCCUUCUCUGAGUCUGAAGUGGUGCAAAAGUUUGAGAAAGAAAUUCAAACAUUAAAGGAAUCCCUAGCCAAAUUAGAAGCUGAAAAGGAGGCUGGCCAUGUUCAGUACCAACAGACUCUAGAGAGGUUGUCUAUGCUGGAGUUGGAAUUUUCUCGCGCACGAGAGGAUUCCAGAGAGCUUCAUGAACGAGCAAAAGAAGGUGAUAGGGAAGUUCAAACUUUGCGGGGAGCUCUCGCUGAAUUAGAAGCUGAAAAUGAAGCUAGCCUUACCCAGUACCAGCAAUGUUUGGAAAGGAUAGCUAAUUUAGAAAACAUUAUCUCUCAUGCCAAAGAGGAGGUUGGGGAACUCAACAAUCGAGCCCAGAAAGCUGAAACUGGAGUUCAAGCCUUAAACCAAGAGCUUGCUACUGUGAAAUUAGAAAAAAUUUCUGCUCUUGAUCAAUACAAACAAUCUUCGGAGAUGCUUUCAGCAAUGGAGAACAAGUUACUGCUUGCUGAAGAGGAUGCUAGAAAGCUUGCAGUCCGAGCUGAGAAAGUUGAAAGGGAAGUUGAAAGUCUAAAGCAAGAUCUUGCAAAAUUGACUGAAGAGAAGGAAACUGCUGCUCUUCAGUACCAGGAAUGCUUGAAGACUAUUUCAAGCCUAGAGCAUAAACUCUCUUCCGCCCAAGAAGAGGCUGAAAGGCUUAGUGGGGAACUAGAUAAUGGAGUUGCAAAGUUGAAAGGUGCUGAAGAACGAUGUAUUCUUUUGGAAAGAUCAAAUCAAUCUCUUCACUCAGAAUUAGAAUCUUUGAUGCUAAAGAUUGGUGCUCAAAGUGAAGAGCUUACAGAGAAGCAACAGGAGUUGGGGAGACUAUGGACUUCCCUACAAGAAGAGCAAAUGAGAUAUAUGGAGGCUGAAACAGCUUUCCAAACUUUGCAGCACCUGCAUGCUCAGACCCAGGAAGAACUCAGAUCUCUGGCUUUGGAGCUGCAAAACAGGGCCCAACUAUUUAGGGAUGUUGAAAAUCAUAAUCAGAGUUUACAGGAUGAAGUCCUGAAGGUUACGGAGGAAAACAAGAACCUGAAGGAGCUUAACUUAUCUUCGACCUUGUCAAUAAAAGAUAUGCAAAGUGAGAUAUUUAGCUUAAGGGAAGCUAGAGGGAAACUUGAGGAGGAAGUUGAAUUCCGAGUUGACCAGAGGAAUGCUUUGCAGCAAGAAAUUUACUGUCUGAAAGAGGAGCUGAAUGAACUGAACUUAAAACACAAGGGCAUUUUGGACCAAGUUGAGGCAACGGGCUUUAACCCAGAGUGCUUUGAAUCAUCAGUAAAAGAAUUGCAGGAUGAUAAUUUGAAUCUAAAGCAAAAUUGUGACACAGAAAAAAGUGAGAAAGUAGCUCUUUUGGAGAAGUUGGAAAUCAUGCAACAGCUUCUCGAGAAAAACGCCCUUUUGGAGAAGUCCAUUUCAGAUAUGAGCGCAGAGUUAGAAGGGGGCAAAGGGAAGAUGAAUGCACUGGAAGAGACCUUCAAAGCACUCCUGGAUGAGAAACGUUUGCUUGAUGCGGAGAAGGACAAUCUAAUAACUCAGUUACGUGAGGCUGCUGAGAAUUUGGAGAAACUCUCAGAGAAAAAUAACUUCUUGGAGAAUUCCAUUUCUGAUGCACAUGAUGAACUUGAAGGGUUGAAGGUAACAUUGAAAAUCUCAGAAGAAUCGUGCCAGUUACUUGGAAAUGAGAAAUCUGAUCUUAUCCAUGAGAAAGAUGCAUUAGUUUCUCAGCUGGAAAUUAUUCAAAAAAGCUUGGAAGAACUUGAGAAAAGAUAUAAAGAAUUAGAGGAGAAGCACUCUGCUCUGGAGGAAGAGAAAGCGUCCGCUCUACAUGAAGUAGAGGAACUACAUGUUUCCUUGGAUAUGGAAAAGCAAAAACAUGCCAGUUUUACACAAAUGAGUGGGACACAGCUGGCUUGUAUGGAAAACCAGAUCCAUCUCCUACAGGAAGAAGCUUGCCAUAGAAGGAGAGAGUUUGAAGAAAAGGAAGAUAAAUGCACUAAGUAUCAACUUGAAAUUUUCAUCCUGCAGGGAUGUUUGCAAGAUUUGGGAGAAAAGAGCCGCUCCUUGUUAAAUCAGUUUCAGAGCCUCCUGGAGGCAUCCAAAUUGUCAGAACAACUGAUUUAUGAGUUAGAGCAUGAAAAUCUUGAGCAACAAGAGGAACUGAAAUCAUUGUCUGAUGAGACCAGUGGAUUUAGAAGGGGGUUGCACAAAUUACUGAAAGGUUUUGACAUAAAUCUAGACCAUAACUGUGAAGAUAAGAUUGGGCAAGACCAGACAUAUUUCAAUCUGAUGCUAAGCAAACUUGAAGGCAUAAAAAGAUCUCUUAUUCAAGUUCAGGAUGAAAAUAAGGAGCUGGUAGUUGAGAUGUCAGUUCUUGUCACAGUACUUGAGUAUUUGAGAUUAGAAGCAACGAAGGUCGGGAUGGAGCGGAACAUUCUUGAACAGCAAUUUCAGAUGAAGAAUGAACAGUUUGCUGCGCUGCAGAUUGAGGCAAAAAAACUUCUGGAGAUGAAUGAAGAACUGCAAAUGAAAGUGAGGGAAAACAACCAAAAAGAGGAAGUACUAAAAAAUGAGAUAGAGAAUCUUAGUGGGAAAUUUUUGAAUGUGCAAGAGGCUUUCCAAAUUUUACAAAAAGAGAAAACACAGAUGCUUGAAGAGAAAAGAUCCAUGACAGAGGAUUUUGCAAACUUGGAGGAAAAAAACCGUACUCUUGAAGGGGAAAACUUCUUUAGUCUAGGUGAAAUUUUAUCUCUGAGUAACCUCUGUCUGAUUUUUGGGAACAUCAUCAAUGAGAAAUCUUUGGAACUGAAAGAGCUCCAUGGAGAUCUAGGCAAACUUAAUGGUGUUAAUGGUGCUCUUGAGGACAAGUUAAAAAUGAUCCUGGGGAAAUUGGAAGAGGUACAACUUGAAAAUUUGCAUCUAAAGGAAACUUUGAAGAAUUCGGAGGAUCAGUUGAAAACUGCUACUCUAGUCAAUCAUCAGUUGAAUUAUGAAAUUUCACAAGGCAAGGAUCUUUUGGGUCGUAAGGAAACUCAACUGUUCGAGGUGGAGUGCAAGCUUAAUGCUGCAGAGAAGGAGAGAUCAGAGUUGCAAAAAAUAGUACAAGGUCAGAAGAUGGAACUUGAUGAGGUUAAGACAGUUAGGAAUGACCAAGAAAGUCAGAUUCUCAAACUAUGUGGAGACAAUGAUCAUCUGCAUGCAGAGAAUGGGUGCCUACAUGAAUCAAACCAUAAAAUUGAGGUAGAACUACAUCAAUUGCGUAAAGAACAUGAUGAAACUAAAAAGAGGGAGGAAACUUUGUUGCAUCAGGUGCAAAAAGGAAACGGUGAUAUUGAUAUGUGGGAGAGCAAGGCAACAACUGUUUUUGGUGAACUGCAGAUCUCCACUGUCUUUCAGACCUUGUUUGAGGAGAAGGUUCAUGAGCUUUCUGAAGCUUGUAAAAGCCUUGAAGAUGCAACUGCUUCCAAAGAUACGGACAUUCAACUGCUGAAGGAAAGAAUUGAUGCUUUGGAAGGUGAAAAUGGAGGACUCAAAUUCCAGUUGGCUGCAUAUGUCCCAGCCAUCAAUUCUUUAAAGGAUUGUGUAUUUUCCCUGGAGAGUCGGACAUAUUUGCACGGGAAGCUUCAAAAAAGCGACAAUGAGGGAAUGAAGGAUGCUGAAUUGGUGAGUCAUCGUCAUCAUGUUGAAAACCAAGAAGAAAUGAGUCCAGAUCUAAAGUUGCCAGAUGAGUUUUCAGAUUUACAUGAUUUGCAAACAAGGGUUAAAGGUGUUGAGGAUGCAGUGAUUGAAAUGGAAAAGCUUUUGUCAAAGGAAAACCUCGAUGCUAAUACCAAGCUAGAGGCUGCAAUGAGACAGAUUGAAGAGUUAAAACUCAGAGGUGCCUCAAAAGAAGAGAAUGCUAAGCCAACAUCUGAGAUCCACGAAUUGGAGAAUGGACUGACAAAAGACAUUAUGCUUGACCAGAUAUCUGAAUGUUCAUCCUAUGGGAUAGCCAGGAGAGACUGCAUAGAUGCUGAUAUGCUUGAAUCAUGGGAUACUGCUGAUGGGGACCGAAGCGUGGAUCUUACGGUAGAUAAGGGAAAGCAAAUUGUCACUGCACCUGCUGAAAAUGGUACCGAGAAUCCUAAAUUUGAGGCAGUGAAGAAACAGGAGAAUAAAUAUCAUAACUCAGAAAUAAUGGUUGAAAAAGAGUUGGGGGUGGACAAGCUAGAGAUUUCCCGGACAUUUUCUGAGUCCUCUCGAGAAGUGAACAAAAGCAAAAUCUUGGAAAGGCUCAAUUCUGAAGUCCAAAAAUUGACAAACCUUCAAAUUACAGUGCAGGAUUUGAAGAGAAAAGUGGAGACCAGUGAGAAGAGCAAUAGGAGUAAAGCUAUUUUUGAAAGUGAUACUGUGAAGGUGCAGCUCCAAGAAGCUGAGGAAGCCAUCCUGAAGCUGUUUGAUCUCAACAGUAGAUUAACAAAAAGUGUUGGCAAUGGCUACUAUUCUGCUGACAGCAAACCUGCAACAGACUCGGAAGAGAACAGCAGCACAAAGAGGAGAAUUUCGGAACAAGCACGAAGAGCUUCUGAAAGAAUUGGGCGGUUGCAGUUGGAAGUUCAGAAGUUACAGUUUGUGUUGCUAAAACUCGACGAAGAAAAUCAAAAAGAAAGCAAAGGAAAAGGUACAGUCACAGACACAAAAAGGAGAGUGCUGCUGCGUGACUAUCUCUAUGGCGGUGUAAGAGCUACCUAUCGGAAAAAGAAAUCAGCCUUUUGUGCUUGUGUGCAGCCUCCAACAAAGGGAGACUGAGUUGUAGUUGUAGAUGCCAAUAUCAGUGUAGAGUUCGUGCCCCUGAUACAUCUUUCUUCUUCUCUGUCUAUAUAAUUUUCCCUCUACAGAUCUCUUUGUGUUCCCUUGGUUCGAUUAGAGUAUUUUCCGUCUUUCUUUGGUUUAAGGAAACUGUUUUCCAUGUUA